AUGGAAUCUAAUUUGAAUCAAGAUGGUGCACCUAGACCUUCUUAUGUGUUCAGUGCUGAUCCAGUGGAAAGACCUUCAGAAAUAAAUUUUGAAGGCAUUAAGCUUGAUCUAUCUCAUGAAUUUUCUUUAGUUUCUUCAAAUGAUGAGAUAAGUAGUUUGGAAUCCAAAGAUUACCUCCAGGUGUGUCUUCGAAUAAGACCAUUAACAGAGUCAGAAAAGGAACAUACAUCAGAGGGCUGUGUGUGCAUUCUGGAUUCACAGAGUAUUCUCCUUAAAGAUCCCCAAAGCAGCACUGGUCAGUCAAAUGAGAAGAACUCUGGGCAGAUGGUACAGAAAUUCAGUUUUUCCAAGGUGUUUGGGUCAGAAACCACACAGAAAGAAUUCUUUCAAGGUUGCAUGAUGCAGCAGGUAAAAGACCUCUUAAAAGGACAGAGUCGGCUGAUAUUUACCUAUGGGGUAACCAACUCAGGAAAAACAUACACAAUUCAAGGCACAGAAGAAAAUAUUGGUAUUCUGCCUCGAACUUUGAAUGUAUUAUUUGGUAGUCUUCGGGAAAGACUGUAUACAAAGAUGAAUCUGAAACCUCAUAGAUCCAGAGAAUGCUUACAGUUGUCACCAGAUCAAGAGAAAGAAGAAAUUGCUAACAAAAAUGCAUUGCUUCGGCAAAUUAAAGAGAUUGCUGUACAUAAUGACAGUUAUGAUACUCUUCAUGGAAGUUUAGUAAAUUCUUUGAAUAUUCCAGAAUUUGAAGAGUGUAUGAUAGAUUGCGAACAAACAAGCUUGGAUAUGGAUAGUAAUAUAAAAUGUUCCGUGUGGGUUUCCUUCUUUGAGAUCUACAAUGAAUGUAUUUAUGAUUUGUUUGUUUCUGUAUCAACCAAAUUCCAAAAGAGAAAGGUGCUACGACUUUCCCAAGAUGUAAAGGGAUAUUCUUUUAUAAAAGAUCUUCAGUGGAUUCAAGUAUCUGAUUCCAAAGAAGCAUACAGACUUUUAAAAGUAGGAAUAAAAAACCAGAGUGUUGCCUUCACAAAACUAAACAAUGCUUCUAGUAGAAGUCACAGCAUAUUCACUAUUAGAAUAUUAUGGAUUGAAGAUUCUGAUACGCCUCGUGUAGUACGAGUCAGUGAAUUGUCUUUGUGUGAUCUUGCUGGUUCAGAAAGAAGCAUGAAGACCCAUAAUGAAGGUGAAAGGUUAAGAGAGACUGGCAACAUUAACACUUCUUUAUUGACCCUUGGAAAGUGUAUUAAUGUUUUAAAGAACAGUGAAAAGUCAAAGUUUCAAAAACAUGUGCCUUUUCGGGAAAGUAAACUCACCCACUAUUUUCAAAGUUUUUUUAACGGUAAAGGGAAAAUAUGUAUGAUUGUCAACAUCAGCCAGUGUGGUUUUGCCUAUGAUGAAACACUCAAUGUGUUGAAGUUCUCAGCCAUUGCACAAAAGGUUCUUGUUCCAGAUGCUUUUAAUACCUCUCUAGAAAAAUCUUGUGCACCAGUCAAAUCUGCUCAAGCUGUACCAGUAGACAUCAAUAAUUCAGACAGUAAAGCAUUACAUGUGAAAAGAAGCAGGAUUUCUUGGGAAAGUCAUCUAGAAGAUCUGGCGGAAGAUGAAGAUAUGACUGAGGAUCUAGAAAAAACUGAAGAAGGCCAGAAUGUGGGAAGUGAAUUUACUGAAGAAGAUCUAGAUCAGACGCUAGAGGAAGACAAAGUUCUUAUUACUCGCAGGGAAAAAAGAAAACUGUUGGACUUAAUAGAAAACUUGAAACAAAAACUGAUAAAUGAAAAAAAGGAAAAAUUAACAUUGGAAUUUAAAAUUCGAGAAGAAGUCACGCAAGAGUUUACUCAAUAUUUGGCUCAAAGGGAAGCUGAUUUUAAGGAAACUCUCCUUCAGGAACGAGAGAUAAUGGAAGAAAAUGCUGAAUGUCGUUUGACCAUCUUCAAGGAUUUGAUUGGCAAAUGUGACCCUCAAGAAGAACCAAAGAAUAAAGAUUGUGCUGUGGAAGUUACGGCUCAAGAAGCUAUUUCUUCUUUAGAAAUAAAAUUAAAUCAAGUUAAAGCUGAGUUAGCUUGGACCAAAGAAGUAUUAAACAAAACCCAAGAAAAGCUUAAAAAGAGAGACAAUGAAUCAGAAAAUAGUUUAAGUUCAUUGGCUCAUGAGGUUGGGAAAUCUAAUGAGGUAAUAGAUAAGACUGAUACAUCUUUAAUAAUGAAUAAUGAAUUAGAUUGUAAUGAAACGGUUGAAAUUCCUAAGGACAACAAAAUUAAGACCUCAUUAAGAAGGAAAAGAUCAAAUGAAGGUGACGAAGAUGAACCAUCAGCCAAGAAAGGUCCUGAAUAUAUGAUCCAUUCUAUCUCUGAAGACCACAAGCAAAGUGAAGAUACGCAAGAAUCUAUUUCUAAAGAAAAAGACAUUUUGCAGAAAAGUUAUGAAGAGCUGAAGACACAUUUACUCAGUAUUGAGAAUGAGCUUAUGAAUGAAAAGAAAGAAAAAUCAGACUUAAAUAAUCAGAUUGUUACUGUGCAGCAAGAACUUUCUUUUGCAGAGAAAAAGAUUUUUACUUUGAAUGUAGAGUUCCAGCAAGUUCAAUCAAAAUAUGAAAAUGCACUUUCUGAAUUACAUGUGCAGAAAUGUAUUAAUCAAGAACAGGAAGAAAAAAUCACGACAUUGUCAAAGGAGAUAGAAUCUGCUAGGAAAAACAUUACAAGUAAUGUAGCACAGAUAAAAUUAAUGCAAACAAAAAUCGAUGAACUACGUAUGCUUGAUUCAGGUUCUCAUAUCUCCAGCAUAGACUUGCUCUCUCUCAGGGGUCUGCCCUGUGAGUCCGACAAGGAUAAUUUGUUGACUACCCAGUUACACCGUCUAAGUAGUGAUUAUUUGGCAAGUAAUCAGGUUAAAGAAUCUUGUGUUAAAGAACUCAGUCGGGAAGGUUCUUUCCACUCUAGUAUUGAAGCCAUUUGGGAAGAAUGUAAGGAAAUCGUGAAAGCCUCCUCCCAAAAGAGUCAUCAUAUCCAGGAACUGGAACAAAAAGUUGAAAAAUUACAAGCAGACAUACAAACUUAUACAGAUGAAAAUGACAGACUGAAAACCAGAGAGAGGGAGAAUGAAAACCAAGAUGAACUCUUAAAAGAAAAAGACAGUCUUAUCCAGCAGUUGAGAGAAGAGCUACAAGGAAAGACUGAUGCUCUUAAUGCUGAAGUCCAGCGCUCAGUUGAAGGUGAGAGAGCACUUUCAGAGCUUUCACAAGAUAUUGCUUGUUAUAAGACAAAAAUACAGGAAUUGGAAACAAUCCUAGAGACACACAAAGACAAAUGCACAGCCAAGUUAGAACAAGAAAUUUUGGAAAAGGAGUCUGUUAUACUUAAGCUGGAAAAAAAUCUGGAAGAAUUGCAAUCAAAUCUUCAGGAUUCUGUCACAAACACCAAUGAAUUAAAGGAAAGAGAAAUGAAACUGAAAGAAGAAAUUGUGCAACUAACAAAUUAUUUGCAAGAUAAGAAGCACUCAGUUCAACAAAAGGAAGAAGAAAACGAAACCAUCAAGCGAGAAAUGGAAAGGCUGAAAGAAGAGCUCUCUGCAAGCUCUGCCCUUAACCAGAACCUCAAAGCUGAUCUUCAGAGAAAAGAGGAAGAUUAUGCUGAGCUAAAGGAGAAACUCAGUGAUGCCAAAAAACAGAUCGAGCAAGUGCAGAAGGAGGUGUGUGUAAUGCGUGAUGAGGAGAAAUCACUGAGGAUAAAAAUUACCGAACUAGAGAAAAAGAAAAACCAGUGUUCAAAGGAACUAGAUCUGAAACAGCGAACCAUUCAACAACUAAAGGAGCAGUUAAGCAAUCAGAAAAUGCAGGAUGCUGUACAACAGUAUGAAAAAGUGUGCAAAGAUCUAGGUGUCAAGGAGAAAAUCAUUGCAGAUAUGAGGAUGACAUUGGAAGAGCAAGAACAAACACAGAUAGAACAAGAUCAAGCACUGGAUGCUAAAUUAGCAGAAAUGGAAAUGUUAGCCAAAGAAUUGGAGAAAUGGAAGGAAAAAUGCCAGGAUCUGGAAACCAAAAGUAAUCAAAGUUCAAAUAAAGAAUUUGAAGAAAACACAGGUGCACUUAGUAAACAGCUUAGUAAACUUCAAGAUGAGUUACAGGAAUCAGAACAGAAAUAUACAACUGAUAGAAAAAAAUGGUUAAGUGAAAAAUUGAUGCUUAUCACCCAAGCAAAAGAAGCUGAGAGCCUACGAAACAAAGAGAUGAAAAAAUAUGCUGAAGACCGGGAGCGCUGUUUAAAACAACAGAAUGAAGUGGAAAAACUUACAGCACAGCUCACAGAGAAAGAAACUCACCUUCAAAAGUGGCGAGAAGAACGAGAUCAACUGGUUGCAGACUUAGAAAUUCAGCUGAAAGCGCUGAUCACUAGUAAUGUGCAGAAAGACAGUGAAAUCGAGCAGUUACGAAAGGUCACGGCAGAGCCUUCUCGGAUGGAAAAACCAAGUGUGGAAAUCAUGCCCAGACUCACUUCAGCAGAUCCUGUGGGGGUUGAAACUGAAACUCAGCCAACAAGUUUGGAAACUCUAACAAAUGAAGUGGAGGGUGGGUCUGUGGUCCUUGAUUCUUGUGAAGUGUCAACAGAAAGUGUUCAUGUUACUCGGUUUCCAAAACCUGAGUUAGAGAUUCAGUUUACACCUCUACGGCCAAACCAAGUGUCCGUGAAACACCCUGGUUGUACCUCACCAGUGACGGUUAAGAUUUCAAAAGCCAAGAAGAGGAAAAGUAAUGAAAUGGAGGAGGAUUUGGUGAAGUAUGAAAAUGAGAAGAACUCUACACCCAGAUGUAAUUUGAAGUUCCCUGUUUCAGAGCAUAGAAAUUCUUCCUUGAAAAAGGAACAAAAGGUUUCUGGGCUCCGGUCAUCUAAGAAAGCCUAUGCUUUACGGAGUCAGGCAUCCACAAUUAGUUUCAACUUGAAAAAAGAAGGAACACUGCAGAAAUUCGGAGACUUCUUACAACAAUCUCCAACAGUUCUUCAGUCGAAAGCCAAGAAACUAAUUCAGACAAUAGGCGCUUCAAAGCCAGGAAAUAAGGACGAAAGGAAAGAAAGUGCACCUCAACCAAAACGAGCCAAACGGAAACUGUACACAAGUGAAAUCUCAUCUCCUAUUGAUUUAUCUGGACAAGUGAUAUUGAUGGACCAGAAAGUAAAGGAAAGUGAUCACCAGAUUCUCAAACGGCGACUUCGAACAAGAACGGCUAAAUAA